AUGCUCCUUCCCGUGGGGCCGAUCGGCGCAGGAAGGCGUUUCCAGACCCCAGCGGACGACAGCGGUGGCUGCAGCAGCCUCCUCCCUCCCCCACCAGCAGUGACCUUCAUCACCGGACUUCGUCUCCUCACGGUCACUCGGGUGCGGCUGGUUGGUGUUCGUGUGCCGAACCACCCCUUCAUUAGGGAGCUGGCACGAGCUUGCUCUGGACCACUGGCUCUAACGAGCGCUAACAUCAGCUGUCAGGGGAGCACGCUGAUGGUUUCGGAAUUCCAAGACCUGUGGCCCCAGCUGUCCUUGAUCAUCGAUGGAGGCCAAAUAGGGGAUGCCCAGAGCCCAGAGGCUCGUUUGGGGUCGACUGUGGUUGACUUGUCUGUGUCGGGGAAAUUCGCCAUCAUUCGUCCUGGCUGUGCACUGACGUCUACGGUGGAAAUCCUGAGGCAGAAGUAUGGCUUGGUACCGGAAUCAUCUGAAGACUUCAGACUCUGA